CCUAGCAGAAAAGAGACGAACGUAUUUGGACGCGGAAACUCAAAGAUUAAGUUUCYUUGCCUCUUUUGUACAAAGAGUAGGUUCCAGUAGCUUAAGCAUCGACCUGAAAACGAAGCGUCUAUUGCCGUUACACAGAUGAGAUUGUUUAUCUUCACCGGCCUAAUUUCUGCAGCCGCGGCCUUCAGUGCGCCGGCUGCAACUGUAGGAAAAUCAAGUGCCACUUUGUUCGAAGACCUGACGAGCACAACGCUUUCCCGCGCUUCCGACGGGCAGGCCGUGGUCCUGCCGUCGCUGUGGCGGUCCAACACCCCGUUCGGGAUCGCAGACGAGACGGCGGUGUGCGCAUUUCUGCGCCACUACGGCUGAUUUCUGUGCUGGGAACAUGCGUCGCAACUGCGUGACAGAGUUCUCCCAGCAAACAAAAACGUCAAGCUCUUUUUCGUCGGAAUAGGYUCCGCCGAUGCCGCAAAGGAGUUUGCCACCCAACUGGACAUCGAUCCCGCAAUGUGUUUCGGCGACGAAGGUGGGGCGAUGGGAGAUGCACUCACCCUGGAAAAGGGAAUCAAGACCAUGUGGAACCCCCCCGCCGUAAACCAGAUGAUGGAACGAAACGACAAGGAAGCCCUCGAGGAGCUCGGAAACUCGUACAAGAACGCUGUCGACAAUGUUGGUUUUCAGAAUCUYGCUCCACCCAAUGCGAAAGACACCCUGCGACAAGGUGGUACAUUUAUUUUCCGGGGAUCGGAACCCAUAUUUGAAUACUACGACUCAAAGGUMGGAGACAAUGCCGACAUCGAUUCGAUUCUGGCCGCCAUCAACUAGAGUUUGCUGCCUUCAAACCUCUUUGGUUCUAUGGGGAAGAGAGAAUGACGUCGAGUUGCAUACAGAUUUUCUGUUUCGCCUCGACUGAGAAAAAAAUUCAUCCCCAGAGGCACACGGAGGUUGAGGUCGCCUAGAUUAGGUUUAUUGGACGCCAAGCCAUAGACUAUCGCUAUCGCUACACUACGAYCAAGUACAAAAUAACUAUUCUCGACGCCAACCCUGGCAAUUGCGUUGCGUUCCGUUACGUGGCGUUGCGUUUAGCAUGUAUGUUCGUCAGCUGUAAUGUAGGCAAGAUAGUCUCUCGAUUGUAGAACAAUAACUAACUCCAAGUUGG